UUACUAUUCUAACAACCAUCUCCUGUAACCGCAGAAAGGGCUUUGCACAUUAUUCAAUCACAUAAACAAUAUGUGGCCGAAGUACAUAUAUCUAAUAGUUGGCGCUGUUAUAGUCGCAAGCCGGUUUAGAAGGGUCUAUGCGCAAUCCGUGAGUUGCGAUAAUGGGGUGGAAGCUCCGCUAAUUUCAGUAAGAUCAUCUCUGCCGACAUUCCAAACCGCGAAUCCAAAAGAUACCGAUGCAAUAAGAGCAUUAAUCGCCGAAUUGCUGGCCGAGUUGGCAGCUGAUGAUAAGGAAAGGCAAAAUCCUGAAAGUGAAAGCAGGUGUCCAUUAAUGGAUAUAGAUCGUCAACAAGUUGAGGGAUUAAUUCAAAUUAUUUUGGAAGAACUAAAGAACAAUCUUGGGAUAAGUACAGAAAAUGAAAAUAUAUCAAAUAUAUUUGUAGAAACUACACAAGACUACUUGGAUGCCACAAGGAUGGGGGCGUCCAUGAAGAGAUAAAAAAUAAAGUAAUGAGCAGCAUACAA